UACCCAACAAAAAUACUCUGGAGCCGCCACUGUAUAUUCUGAAUAUAUAGGCUACUCAAAAUGUUGAAAUGCUCAUUCAUGAUGCUCUGAAUUUCAGAGGAUCAUACUAUGUGGUUUAAUGGGCAUGUAAAAAGUUAACUUUAGCUUCCUUUCUCUUUUAAUUCCCUCUGGAGAUUUUUUAUUUUAUGGUGCCAGAGAAAAAACUUAUUUUGGGGCCAAGAGCUGUCCCGCUGAGGUGUAAACAGAAAUACUGACUUGCAGGGUGACAGGGUCAAAGUGCAUCGCCUGCAAUAGCCUUCUGUAGAUAAGAAACAUGCAGUUCAUGUGAAUGUAGAGGCUGUUUGGCAUUUUAGUCGCAGCUGACCGGGACUUGUAGAAGUUCUCAGCCAUGGUGCGACGUGUGGCAGUGGUGGGAGCCGGCAGCUCUGGUCUGGCUUGCAUCAAGAUCUGCGUUGAGGAGGGCUUGGAGCCUGUUUGCUUUGAGAGCAGCGAUGACAUUGGCGGCUUGUGGAAAUUUAAGGAGUCACCUGAGCCAGAGCGGUCCAGCAUCUAUCGCUCCUUGGUGGUGAACACCUCCAAAGAGAUGAUGUGUUACAGUGAUUUUCCCAUGCCUGCUGACUAUCCAAACUACAUGCACAACUCCCAGCUUCUGCAGUACUACAGGCUCUACGCUGACCACUUUGACCUGCUCAGAUACAUUCAUUUCCAGACCACAGUGAAGAGUGUUGCCCAGAGGCCGGAUUUCUCUCUGUCAGGUCAGUGGGACAUAGCGACAAUUAACAAGGAUGGCGAGGAGGAGAGAAACGUCUUUGAUGCAGUUCUGGUGUGUUCGGGCCACUACACUCAUCCGUCCUUACCCCUGUCAGGUUUUCCAGGAUAUGAGACGUUUUCUGGCAGGUGCUUUCACAGCUGGGAAUACAAAGAUGCAGAUGCCUGCAGAGGAAAGAGGGUGGUGGUGGUUGGCAUUGGCAAUUCUGGAGGAGAUAUUGCAGUGGAGAUCAGUAGAUCUGCAAAGAAGACAUUUCUCAGCACACGCCAGGGGGCCUGGGUGAUUGGCAGGAUGUCCAGUAAUGGUCUUCCUCUGGACAUGACCGCUAUCACCAGACUCAACAACAUGCUCACACUGCUUCUGCCCAAUACUUUGGUCAACUGGGCAGCAGAGAGAGCACUGAACUACAAAUAUGACCACAGACUGUAUGGUCUGAAGCCCAAACACAGACUUAUGGACAGAAGGCCUCUGAUCAAUGAUGACCUCCCUGGUCGAAUCCUUCUGGGAGCGCUUGCAAUGAAAACCAAUCUAAAAGGAUUCAAAGACUCAGGAGUGGAAUUUGAAGAUGGCAGCGUGGAGGAGAACAUUGAUGCUGUGGUUUUCUGUACAGGCUAUAAUGGAACAUUUCCAUUCAUGCCUUCAGUUUUAACUCACGGGCCUCAACGAGAACUGACAUUGUACAAGACACUGUUUCCUCCUUCUCUGGUACGACCCACACUGGCCGUCAUGGGUCUUUUCCAGACCAAAGGACCAAUCACGCCAAUUGUGGAAAUGCAGGUGCGAUGGGCUGUCAAGGUCUUUACCGGUUCGAGCUCUCUUCCACCUAAGGAGAAAAUGCUGGAAGUCAUCAAGUCUGAAAGGAAGAGGAACAUGAAAAGCUAUCCUUGCCCACGAACGGCAGCUCUCCAGGUAGAAUACAUCCCUUACCUGGAUUUCAUGGCAAAGGAGGUGGGUGUUCGACCAAACCUCCUGACACUACUGCUGACAGAUCCUGUGCUCUGGGUGAGGAUCUUCUUUGGUCCCUGCACUCCAUAUCAGUAUCGUCUCACGGGGCCUGGACAGUGGGCCGGGGCCCGUCAGGCGAUCCUCACUCAGUGGGAGCGAUUGGCUCAACCCUUCAGAACCAGAGCGGUACCGGAGAGCAGGCCGUCUGCGAUUUCUCCCUGGGCGCUUGUACUUGGAGGAACAGUUGCAAUGGCUUUCAUUCUGUCUAAAACUGAGAUAACUCCAGUGCUGUCGGGUGCCGCCCAGUUUCUGGACAGGUGCAAGAUGUUUCUGAAGGACUCCUGGUUCACUGUUACACCAGACUAAAAUGAUCAUAUUUGGGUACACUGUGUAACGAAUAUAACCCAUGUUGCAAUAUGAUGUACAAUUAUAAUACAGACAUCGAUAAUAUUAAUAUCCUAAAUAUUCUAAGAUUCAUUGAAAGAAAAAAAAGUAAAUGGAUCAGGGAAUUUUAAGACAUUUAAAAAAAAAAUUAUUUGGUGUUUGGCUUGCAGAAAAAGAGACAGCCUCCCUCUUUUAAUGUUGUGUAUGAUUGGAGUAUAUGUAAUAAUAUGGUGCUACACAAUUGUAAAAGUAGUUGGCACCCUUCUGAUAGGUGUAUCUGUUUCAAAGGUCAGAGAAAACUGCAAUCUACCAUCAGAUAGCAUAGAAAAACCUAAAUUGAGGCUUAUUAAAAACUAUAAUUAUAUGUAUGUGUGUUUGUCGGACUGAGGUCAGCAUGAUACACAGAGCAGAUUUAGCAGUGACCACAUUAUGUUGUUGGUUUACUUAUUGUCUGUCAUUUAAUUCUGAAAUGAAUCGUGUACACCAUGUAUAGGUUGGUUAUUUUGAUAAAAUACCUCUGUAGGGAAUCAGGGAGAGGAUAAGCCCAGAGAGUGUUGUUUACCUGGAGCAGCACCAUCUCAGGCUUUUAUGUGUUUCUUUAAUCAGACCUAUCUGUCUUAUUUUGAAGUUCGUGUCUGGGAGCCGACAGGAAAAGUUCAACACCAAUCACAAAAGGUACUUGUAAGUUGUAACGGAGGAGAUCUCAGGUGGCCCUAGAUCUUAUUCUCCGUCAUGUCUAGCUGUAGUACAGUAUGCCGGUUUGCAUGAUAAAACGGAUGCGUCACACACAUAUAGUGCUUCAGAGCUGCAAAUGACUACUUCAGGUUGAACUUUGUAUUCUGUUUAGCCAGUUUUGCUUCGUCUUGGUACUUAUUAAACUUUCGGCGAAAUUCGCCGUUUUGAUU